GAUCAUCCUAUCCACAAACAGGAAGAGGUGUGCAGCCAGCUCCUGUGUCGGGGGUGGGGAGAGACAGCCCCAGGUGAGCAGUCUCACAUCUCCAGAGAAAGGGUCGGGAGCAGUCUGAAUGACCACCGCAGUCCGCAGGGGCUGUUUCUCAAGCGACAGAUCUGUUGGAUGCUGCAGGCUGGAGUGCUGAAGAGGAGGCAGAGUGUUGUGUGAUGUAAAGAUCACUUGUCCGCACAGCAAAGCAGUGAGUGAACACCAGCGAAAGAACCCAUGCCUGUCGGCACGUUGCAGUCUGCUGGGAUGGGUGCUCCUCUCACUUCGGUGAUGCCCUUCCGCAUCCUGAACAAAGGCCCUGAAUACUUUCGGCGUCAGGUUGAGAGUGGGGCUCGGAAGCCCAGUGCAGUAGAGAGACUGGAGGCUGAUAAAGCCAAGUACGUCAAAAGCAAACAAGUAGCCACUACCAAACAAGAACCGGUCAGGCCAACAUUGUCCAGGCAGCCACUUUUCUCUCCAGGUGUUCGAAGAGUCCUACUUACACCUAACCGGAGGGGGUCCCCCGCUGCACAUAGGGGAGAAAAUCGAGGUCCCAAAAGCUCUCUGAAUCUGGAGAUACUUAAUAACUUGAUCAAUAUUUGUGACAGCCCUUUGACAUCUCCUCGUGCAGACAUGGUGCCAUGGCAGGAAACGGAGAAACCACAGAAUUCAUCCACCAGAAGCACUCCUAUCAGUCACCGAACUUCCAGCACAAUGGCUAUACGGAGAGUGGACGUUCGGCCUGGUGAUGCAUUGCACCCUCUCCAGUGUCCAAAUAUUAUUGUCACCCCAGUGGUUGAGUCUCCUGCAAAACCGUGUCUUUCCACUGAAAAUUUACUUUGCUCCCCGACAGGAACCCCAAGUGACCCAGGGAAGAGGCAGACCCUUCUGCAUCGUUCCAAGUCUGACUUGAGCGACCGUUAUUCUCGUGCCAGCGCUGACCUUGAACGUUUCUUCAACUAUUGUGGGCUGGACCCUGGAGAGGUUUCAAACAUUGGAGCAGAGCAUUUUGUCCGUGCAAGUUCGGAUAUUGUAUCUGUCAAGUUUCACAGUGUUAGUGCAGAAAGCUCAGAGUAUGCCCAGUCUCAGGUCAGUGCGGCCACUGCUGAAGAGACGGCGGUGGCGGCAGCCACGCGAAUUCCUUACGGGAUUUCAAUCAUUGAGCGAAAUGCUAGAGUCAUAAAAUGGCUGUAUGGACAACGCCAAGCAAGAGAGGUCCAAAAGAUGGCCAUGUAGUAGAUUGUGUACAUUUUCUGGACAUAACAUUUGUCAGACUGGAGAGUUCUGUGCUCUGUUACAGUACAUGGUACGACCACCCCAUUUGGGAGUAUUGAAGAAUUUCAUAGUGUUAGUAAUCCCUCCCUCCUUUUCCCUCCUCCUGCUUGUAUUGGGACACUGAGAAGUAGCAUGAGGUGCUGAUCAUGAAGCUAGAUCUGUAUUUAUUGUAUUAUCCAUCUAAAUCGUGAGCAGCUAACGUGGUUCUCCUGCCUUUGUAUGUGAACUACAAAACACAACAUACCAAGCUGGCAUGGCAUGCUGUGACUUGCAGUUCUCCAGCAGCUGGAAAGACACAGGUUGUUUAUUGCUAGAUGUAUAUCAUUUGUAGUGUGCAUAUUCUAGCUUUGCUCUAAAAGCACAAAUACACCCUCCGUUCCCUGCAGCUCUUUUAUGUGUGAUAAAUAGAGCUAGUUAUGCCUUAAUGCCAUUCCUGCUCCACUGAUUUACUUGAAUCUACCCUUUAUCAGUUAUGAGCAAUUAUCAGUUGUUGUUGUUAUAUUAUAACUGAGCCUCAAAGUUCAGUGUUACAUAAAUGGUAGAACCUGUUUUAGCAAAUUGCAAUAAAUUGUUCUUCCCUUUUUUA